AAGCUCUCUUAAUGCAGGUGUCUGAAAUAAAGCUCUUUGGAAUAGAACCUGGGGCAGACUGUAAGACCAGAAAGGUUGCUUUUGGGAAAGCUUGAAAGCUUUUUGCAAGACAGGCAGUCAACAUUUCAGUCUCUAGUCUUCAAGACCGUAGAAAAUGGUUGUUAACCAUCUUUGGCAUUUAGCUUUAAAAACGUAAUUGCACUUAUAAGGUAAGACAAUGAUAUCCCCAGGCUAUAAACUAGCUAAAGCUAAUGGAAUCAGAAAAAUGUUGUAAAGGUUCGAUAUGGUAUGGUACUGUAAAGUUGAAUUUCACAAAGUUUUCCUUUGCUAGUGAAAAGGAGGCAAAUAAUAGACAGACUCAAGUGAGUAGCAGAAGCAUACAUCCGAAAGCAAGUUUUCCAUGGAUAGGCUGUUCUAAAUGUCAAACAGAUCGGCUUCUGCUGUUCUCUGGUUUUGUGCUGUCACCACUCAGGUGGCAGAAGAAACAAUGUAAACUGUAGCUUUAUAUUAUCGGCGUGGUGACUUGUUUUAACUUGAGGAGAAGAAAGGAGGAGAAUGCUUCGAGGUGUCUGUCUUUCGAGACCAGCUGAUGGUCUGUGCUAAUGAUGCCAAUACAUUAAUAGUAAGGUACUAGGUGGCAUAGUCCAAGUGGAAGUGAGAUACUCUGAAAGCUCUUUAGCCAGCAUUGCCAUCUGUCUCUGUCUCAUUUCAGCCUGGUGUAUAUUUCUGUAAAGGCAGAUUCUUCCAAACCAUAGGUCUCAACGUUUCAGAAAUUGCCUCACAGAAUUUUUGAGAGAUGGUUCACGAUCAGCAGUCAGAUACCCGAGUCUGGGAGUAGAAAGGGCUCCUAACUGAGUCAGUCUGCUUAAAUGGUUUGCCAUGGAAGAGGUAUUUCCCCCUUAACCCCCUGAAAACACAUCUCCUGAGAUUUGAGGUGCUAUUGAAUGUUUCUGUAAUGUGACAAAUACUGAAGUUAAUGGCUGGUACAAACAAAAAGUUCUUGAACAGCUGGCUGUAGUUUAGCCUUUUUGUUGUGCUUGAAUUGUUCAGGUAGCGUAAGUUAAAAGUAAAACUUAGUACCCAUGAUCUUCAGGUGAGCAUGGCUGACUUGUUCUUUUCCUUUUAAUUUAUUUUGGAGGGACAAAGUUAUUUGCACCUAGAAUUCUUAACAAAAAUAAUGUGAAAUUGCAGAAGGUUCUAUUUUUAAUGAGUACAGUGAGGCUUUUUGGAGUUUUCUUUUCCUUUUUAACCCUUAAAAAAAGUAAGGAUUUGUAGGUUAUGCUGACCGAUCUGUUAGCAUAUUUAGCUGUUGUUCUUGCUGGUGGUGGUUGCUUCAGUGUAAUACUUCUUUGAUUCAGCUUUUAACAUUGUCUUACAGUAAAUCAAACUCCUUUCCACCCUGCCUUGAAAAACUAACCCAAACAGCACAAGACAAAAGUGGUACCCUUCCUUCAAACCUGAACAAUUUUCUGCACUCUUUGGUGGAAUGAUGACAAUUUGAAUUCACAAUUCAGCUUGAAGCAAAGCUUUCCUGAACUAAGGAUGUUUUAGCAAACCUGGGAGUCAAUUCUGAUUUUGAUGGAAGACUUGGUCUGAUUAUGGCUACAGAUGGCCAUUGCUUUAAUAAACAUCACAGACACGCAUAUUACUCCAACCCUUUUUAGUUUUCUUGAUCCUGCCAAGUUAGAUGCGAACAAAAUUCUAGAUAGCAUAGAUUUAAAUGAAGCCUUAAGGACAAAUUUCUUCUCGUAUUUGAUAACCCAGAAGUACCUGGUCAGCAUGUUAAGAGCAAGCUCCAAUACCUGUUACGAAUGCCUUAGCUAGUAGGGUGGGAAUGAGGAAUCCUUUUAACAAGGCUUAAGGUUGUUGUUUGGGUUUUUUCUCCGAAAUCUUCUGAUGUGGCCAAUACCUUACAAACUGUGAAAACUUGAAGAUACUGUCUAGGAUGGGAAUUUGCUGUUGCUCCAACAACGGCAGGCUGACACUGGUGUAGUUAACGUGCGCAGCCCACAGAUGUAGGAGGCUAUCAUUUAUAACUGCUUUCAGACAUAAGCAAAGUGCAGGUCAUCGUAAGUGCAGUGGUAAUGAUGGAUGUUACUGCAUCGGCAGUAGCAAUGCCAUUGCAUUAGCUGUGCCUAGUACUGUAUUUUUUUUCACCUAUGCAAAUUAAAAAAAGAUGGAAGUGAGCCGUUCUAGUUGUGGAUUUGCUGUUGCUGAACUCACAACUGCUGGUGAGUAAGAUCUGUAAUCUUAUUUUACUGCAGGUAAAACUGCUAAUCUUUCUCCCAGAAAGAGCCGUCUUCCCUUCUGUGGUGCUCCAAGAACAAGGCAGUUGUCAGCACUAAGAGGAUUUCUCAUAAAGGAUAUCAGAGGCCUGUUAGUUUUAUGUUGGGAAGUCUCCUAUCAUCAGUUAAGAGCUUCUCUGGCAGCUUUUAUAGAAAAAAACGCCAGCUAGUUUCAUGAUCGUGCAGGACUACCUUUGAAGUCUCACAAUUAAGUUUUCUAGAUAAUGGAAUUGAAUCCAAAACCAGAGUGAUCAGGCACACACUGAAUCAUCUGGCACUAAUUUCCUUACCCUGGGGGACGACAGAAUAUUAUUGUUGCCCUUAACUUGAAAAAUGGAGAAGUCCCAGCCCUGCUGUGUAGGAGGACAGCCAGCCGUCAUCAAAGUAAAGCUCCAGCUAUUUAUGCACCCAGAAGAAUCUUUCUAAAGUUUCAUUUGUACAUCUGUUGAUGGUGUGUUUGAAGUCCCUUAGGCUGAACAGUGGCCCUACAUGACCGUUGUGUUAAAAUUAACAUGAGUUAAACUUCAAGGGAAUCUUUGAAGUGGUCACUUAAGUGCUUUUAGUGAGUGUUUCAGAGGCAUGUUGUACUGUACACCCAUACCUCUGCCUUUUUAAACAUACGGGUAUGAAAAGGGCUGAUGUGGGGGAAAAAAAAAUUCUUCAAGGCAUCUGUUGUACUCAAGUCUUCAUUUGGUUUUUAAUUUGUGUGUUUACACUGACCAGUAUAGCUUAUGGUCUCCAUUAUGUACUGACCAAAAGCCUGUUGUAAAGAGCUGAAACUUGUGCUUCAUUUACAAGGACUGGGCUGGCUUUCAUCAGAGGCACUGCGGAAGCUGAGCUUCUGGUGUGGGUAGCAGCACUCGUUUUCCACAUUUGUACCAAAACAGAGCUUCCCAAAGAAGAUGUGGACAUCUCUGAUGCUGUUCUUGGGGGGCAGAAUUAGCCACGUCCUGUGUAUGAGUGUGUGAGUGAAGCCAUAGAAAACAUAGAAAACCCUUCAGUGAUGUUUCUGUACCAAACUGUCCAGCAUACUGAGGCUAGGUAACGCACAGCUUUUUCAAAGUACAGUGGUUUCCAUGUGUUCCUGGAAAGAAAAUCCAGGUUCUCACUUCUUUCCCUGCAGUACUGGCUUACAGGAGCUGGGUUUCCAGAAUAUUUACUGGACGUCUUUUAGUAAGGUCACUCCCCUGUUUUCUGAUUGCUGCUGUGACCUAAUAAUCAUCAACUCUUAAAAGGCCUCUGGGCUGGAAGCUUUUGACUCCAGCCAUGCAGGUCCAGUUCCUGUUCUGUAAAGGUCGCGCCUUCAUUGAAUGGGUUGACGGAUGCGUGUCCUCCUGCAGUGCUGGCUCACCAUUACCAUCAUUUCCCUUACACCCUGGGGAUGUUCCUGACUCAUCUUUGGGGUGAGAGGAUGUCCGUGGGUGCUCACCCACUGUGUAACAGUCGCCGAAUGGAGUGUUGUUGCAGGCAACGUUGUAGCACAACGUUGCUACAGCCUACAGUUCUGUCCGGGUGGUCCAUGCUGCAAGACAGUUACGAGGGGAUUUCAUGUGUGAAAUUUCUGCUUUGCACGGAGGCAGAAAACGGCUGAAGUCAGAUGGUUCUGCCUCUUCGUAACAAGGACCCUUACAACUAAAAGCUGAGUUGGUCAUGCUAUCAUUUAUUUGAGCAAGCCUUGAUAUAAACAGCAGAGGGCAGUUUUGCACACACCUUCUGUGCAAGCUCAUCCUGCAAAAUCCUAAUUUUUAGAUUUUUCCUGUCUGGUGAGGUGAUGCAAUGCAGCAUUUUGUCCAGACGAAUUUAGUACGAUGUAGUAAGGCAGGAUCAGUGGGGCAGCAGUGGCAUGCCUUUCUACUGCUACCUAAUUCUGGCAUUUUAAAUCCUCUGUGUUUGGUCUGUUGCGGUGACACGAUUAGAAGAAUUUCCCUUUUCUUUCUUUUCGUCCUCAACACAAACCAGGUAUAUAGAUACGCCAGCUGCAUUGUACAACUUAAAAUUCUGCAACAAAAUGUGAGUGAAUCCCAUUCCCAGGCAUGCAAGAGAAGGUUUUUUCCCUGCCUAGCUAUGAUUUUUCUGGAUGAGCCUUGCUAGCUGGACUGAAAGGAGAGCACCUGUUAACUGCAGUAGGGCUGGAAGAGAAAUCUGCAUCUUGAGACUCUUGCCUGGCGUUGGACUCUGGCUGAGAUGGCCUGUGUGGGGAGGGCCAACAACAACAAAAAAAGAGGCAAGAUGUUACAGAGAUGUGUGUGGCACUCUGAAGAAUCUGUCAAGACGAAGUCUCUGCUUCUGCGAGCUCACAGCCUGCGGUCCUGAUCCUGUCAUUUACUCUGCAUGGUCCUUUCCUCAUGGAAACCUAAGCAGUCAAGAGCAGGACAUUGGGACAGUGACACAGGAAGGGAGAAGAUGCUGCCAGUCUGGCUGGUGUCAGGGAAGUUACCUAAUGCAUAAGCUCUUCUCAGGGAAAAGUGGAAGACUGGGAAAUGAAGGUGAAGACAUCUCAAUAUCAGGCCUGGAUGGAAAAAUGUCCUCUCUAGGAGAUGUAGAGUGCCGCAUUAGGGAGCCAGAUGCCCCGUGUAAAAUCAACAGAAGAGAUUCAUGCAGGCUGAGGGUAUGCAGGAGGACUCAGUAUGAUGGGACCUGUCCAUCUCAUGAUGCACAGAGCUUUCCUCAGCCAGCUGUGUGGGAAAGCAGUCUCUCCUCUACUUGGCUGCGAGAGGCCCGUGUGAGGCACACAAACUCCCGUUGCUUCUCCAAGGACACACCAAGAGCCUGUGGUAGAAGGGGAACAAAAGCCCUAUCUCUGGUUCAGUGCUUCAACGGCACAAACAUAAUUUAUCAGUGUAGAUAGCUUUAGAUGAAAGGUACAUCAAAGCAUGUUUUUGGCUGCUGCCUUCAGAGGUAGUACUAAAUCUCCUGGGGGAAUGCAAGCAGAGAGAUAUGAUCCAAGUAUCAAAAUGCCCAUCUUCUUACUCUCUCCUCCCGACACUAGUCGGGUUCACAGGGAAGCCCUUGCCUGAGAUUGUUAUGUCAUCUAUUCCCAUCAGUAGAUUUUGGUUCAGAAAUGCGUUUUCAUUCUUUUCCAACAAAAUGUUGCCUAUUUCAACAGUAACUCUGAAGAUCUGCAAAUUGGCAAAGGAUCCAAAAAGAAUAAUGAACCAGCAGUUACUGUUUACAUUGGCCACCUUGUAUAAGUGCUGAUAUUAGCAUUUCUGAAAGGAUUAAUUCAUCACUGAAAAAAAAGCUUUGUACCUGUGAAUAAGAGCUUGCUUGGGAGGGCCUGUGUGCCUCCUUUCCUCUAUCAACAAACCUUACAAAUGUCAAGAGGUGGUUUUGCAAUGGAUGUCGAUGCAUACCUGUUAUCUCAGGGUGAGAAUCAGCCACUGGAAAUUUUCUAUACCAAUUUCUGAUGGUUUAAUGAAAGCAGCAGUAAAUGUAAAGAAAAAUCA